GUUCGGCAGCUGCAAGGAUAUUUUGUCGCCGUUGUUUGCCGAAAUUUAGUGCACCGUCGGGAACUGUGAUGAUGUUUGGACUUUUCAGAGCAGUUCAAACUUUUCGUGGAAUCGGUUCGACUGUUUUCCUACCGUGCCGGUGGGUGUUGUGAGCGCGAACGACAAGUGUUUGAUUGAUUAUUUACAUCCGGAAAGAACUCCAAGCACUUUGACUGGAGUGAUUCAGAAGUUUCCAACAAGCAUAUUGAAAAGUGAAUGAUGUGUGCAACGAAUCGUUGACGAGAAUGGGAACGAAUGCGGUGCAAACUUUCUGUUAACGACGGAGUGAGCCAAAGCACGAAAUUGUACAGUUGUUGAAAUGCUGCCAUAAUUUAUGACUUCGGGUAUUGUUGGUGACACUGCAGGAGAAAGUUGAAAAUGGGAGACUUCGGUUCCGACAGUGAGGACAGCGAUGGAGAAGGAGGGCUUGGUAACGUCAGCCGCGUCAUCAUUAGACCCCCGGGUCACAGCGGCAAAGCCAAAAGAGGCCACCUAUGCUUCGACGCAGCAUUUGAAACGGGUAACCUCGGUCGGGUGGACUUGGUUGGGGAAUUCGAGUACGAUCUAUUCCUCCGUCCGGACACCUGCAAUCCACGUUACCGGUUUUGGUUCAACUUCACCGUCGACAACGUCAAGCAGGAUCAACGGGUGAUUUUCAACAUUGUAAAUAUCAACAAGAACAGGAAUUUGUUCAAAGACGGAAUGACGCCACUGGUGAAAUCCAGUAGUCGGCCGAAAUGGCAGCGACUACCCCGGUGCGAGGUGUUCUACUACAAGUCGGCGAUCCAUCAGAACCACUACGUGUUGAGUUUCGCUUUCGGAUUCGACAAGGAAGACGAGGUUUACCAGUUUGCGUUGACGUUUCCGUACUCGUACUCGAAGCUGCAAGCAUACCUGAACGCACUGGAAUCCAAGUUUCCGGAGUCGUUUGAGCGGACAACUUUGGGUAUGACUGUCCAAAAUCGUAAGCUCGAACUGAUCACGUUCGAUGAUGUGAAGAAACCAGACAAGGUGGAUCAGAAGAAUGUCAUUCACAUGGUUGUGGUUUUUGCGAGAAUACAUCCCGGGGAAUCGCCCGCAUCUUACGUUGUACAAGGACUAAUUGAAUAUCUGGCAGCAGCAAAUCAGCCAAUAUCGAAAGCCCUGCGAGAGAAUGUAGUGUUCAAGAUUAUACCGAUGCUCAAUCCAGAUGGAGUGUUCUUAGGUAACAAUCGAUGCAACGUAAUUGGGCACGAUCUGAAUAGGUCGUGGAACAAGAUGUCUCAGUACACACAUCCGACGUUGUUUGCCGCCAUGAAGAUGCUCAAGGAAUAUGACAAUUCAAGUUGUUACCAGGUGGACUUCGUAAUCGACAUACAUGCCCAUUCGAGUUUAACAGGGACCUUUAUCUACGGUAGUACGUAUGACAAUGUGUACAGAUAUGAACGACACUUAGUAUUUCCGAAGCUGUUCGCAGCUAAGUGCGAAGACUUCUGCCAGGAACAUAUGAUGUUCAACGCAGAUGAUCGCAAGUCUGGAACCGCCCGAAGGCAUUUUGUGGAAGCACUUAGUGACAAUGUCAAUACCUACACAUUGGAGGUAUCCAUGUGCGGAUAUUUUCUUAACGAUACCAAUGUAAUGACGCAGUAUACUGAAGACGGAUAUAUGCGAAUUGGCCGUAACUUGGCGCGAACUUUCCUUGAGUACUACCGCUUUACAAACAUCUUGCCAAUCCCUCCGGUGGAUGAACUACGGCCUCGUAAAGGUCGACCCCGCACGCAUCGCCCACGGGCUCGAUCACGAACUCGCAGUGAAGUUCGUGUGCGUCCCAAAACAGUCCGAACUUACGCUCCCAUUAGCUAUACUGAUCUCUCGAUCUGCUACGACACCGAUACCUCGAACGAGGGCUCACCCGUACGCUACAUGUACUCAAACUACGGUGGUUUCAGGAUGCGUGCCCUCGGGCCUCCGGAUCAGUACUCGUUGUCCAACAUCCAGGCGGCUCGCUUCAGCAAUUUGGAUUUUAGCAGCGAUUACCGAUUCAAGGUGACACCGAAGCCCAAAACGGCUCCGGAGCACAAGAUGCCCCCGAUCGAGAUAUUGACCGUACCGCCAAAGCCCUGCCUUACCAUUAUAGACUUCAAUCAGCUCACGCGUGGUGGCCUCGAAGAAGCCACCUCCGGACGGAAGCUUGACCGCGAGAAGGAGAAAAUUCGGCGCCACACGUUUAAGAGCAGUUCAAGAAAAGCGUAA